CUCCAAACCUCCAACUCCGUACAAUCGACGAAAGCAUUGGCGACAACAAUCUUCGACGAUUCCACAUAAUCGGGGACACAGGAACGGUCACUGCAACGAGAUAGUGUCACUCACUUUUAGUAGUGUCUUAAUUCUUCACCUGUUGUCGUCUACGCAAAUCGGCGUCUCAACACCACAAUGGGCGAGGAAAGACCCCGUAAGAAGACCAAGACCGAAAAGUCUUCGAAAAAGCAAGAAAGCGAUGCGGACGCCGCUCAAAACAACCCAUAUCUUGCGCAUCUCAAUGUCCUCCCUACGCUAGUCCCCGGCAAAACCACGGCAGCAAUGGCAGAAGCCCAUGAGAACGGCGACGUCAACCUCUUUACCGGCAGGCCGUUCACACAGAAGUACCGCGACAUCCUAGUAGGGCGUCGGAAACUCCCAGUGCACAAGCAGCGCGACGAUUUCCUCAAAUUGGUGCACAACAACCAGAUCGUUGUAUUUGUUGGAGAGACUGGAUCAGGAAAAACGACGCAGAUCCCGCAGUUUCUGCUGUAUGACGAGCAACCGCAGCGGAAUGGGAAGAUGAUCGCUUGUACCCAGCCUCGUCGUGUUGCCGCGAUGUCUGUUGCGAAACGUGUGGCUGACGAGAUGGAUGUGCAAUUGGGAGAGCAAGUUGGAUACAGUAUCCGUUUCGAGGAUUGCACAAGCUCCUCCACCUGUCUCAAAUACAUGACGGAUGGUAUGCUGUUGCGGGAGGCGAUGACGGACCCUUUGUUGGAAAGAUAUUCCGCGGUCAUUCUCGACGAGGCGCACGAAAGGACACUGAGUACGGACAUUUUGAUGGGUUUGAUCAAGGAGAUUUGCAAAAACCGAGCGGACUUGAAGGUCAUCGUGAUGAGUGCCACUCUUGAUGCGGAGAAGUUUCAAAAGUACUUCAACGACGCCCCAUUGCUCGUGGUGCCUGGUCGUACAUUCCCGGUCGAAAUCUACUACACACCGGAGCCUGAGCGCGAUUACCUCGAAGCGGCUGUCCGCACCGUCCUGCAGAUACACACUUGCGAGGAGCCUGGAGAUAUCCUUGUGUUUUUGACGGGAGAAGAGGAAAUCGAAGACGCUUGUCGGAAGAUCCGAGGAGAGGCAGACAAUCUCAUUCGCGCGUCACCGCAGCAAGUCGGAGACGUGAAGGUUGUUCCAUUGUAUUCGACCCUGCCACCAGCACAGCAGCAGCGCAUUUUCGAAGCCGCACCGCCGGCGCGUGCGAGCGGCGGACCUCCCGGCCGGAAGGUUGUAGUGUCGACCAACCUUGCCGAGACGUCACUUACGAUCGAUGGAAUCGUGUACGUGAUCGACCCCGGAUUCUCAAAGCAGAAGGUGUACAACCCGCGAAUUCGCGUCGAGUCGCUGCUCGUGAGUCCCAUCAGUAAAGCGAGUGCUCAACAGCGGUCUGGACGUGCUGGCAGGACAAGGCCUGGGAAGUGCUUCCGUUUGUACACGGAGAAGGCUUUUCUGAAGGAGCUGCAGGAGCAGACGUAUCCCGAGAUUCUGAGGACGAAUCUGGGGACGGUGGUGUUGCAGUUGAAGAAGCUUGGCAUUGACGAUUUGGUGCACUUUGACUUCAUGGAUCCACCAGCGCCGGAAACGCUGAUGAGGGCCCUAGAGCUUCUGAACUACCUCGAAGCAUUGGACGACGACGGCAACCUCACCCCAAUUGGUGAAUCGAUGGCCGAGUUCCCCCUGGACCCACAAUAUUGCAAAGCCCUCCUGGCCUCGCCAAAAUACAAAUGCUCCAACGAAAUCCUCUCCAUCAUCGCCAUGAUCUCCGCACCCAACUGCUUCCUUCGUCCCCCGGACCAACGCAAACAGGCCGAUGAGGCCAAAUCCCACUUCGAGCACGAGGAUGGCGACCACCUCACCCUGCUGAACGUGUACCACGGGUACAAGUCGAACGAAGCGGACGCUAAUUGGGCGUAUAAUCACUACCUGAAUGGAAGGAGUUUGAAGAACGCGGACAAUGUUCGCACCCAGUUGCAGCGGAUCAUGGAACGGAGAAAUGUGGAGAUGAUAUCGACAAAGUUUGAGGAUAAGAGUUAUUAUCAUAACAUUCGGAAGGCGUUGACGGCUGGGUUCUUCAUGCAAGUGGCGCAUCUGGAGAGGACGGGUCAUUACUUGACCAGUAGAGACAACCAGGUCGUACAAAUCCACCCCAGCUCCGGCCUCGACAAUAAGCCCGAAUGGGUCAUCUACAACGAAUUUGUCCUCACCUCGCGAAACUUUAUCCGAACGGUGACCAGCAUCAAGGGCGAGUGGUUACUGGAGGUGUCGCCGGCGUAUUACGAUUUGUCGACGUUCCCGAAAUGUGAGGCGCGCCGCGUUUUGGAAAGGAUUGCUGCUAGGAGACACGUUCGGGGAUGAAGGAUGGGAAGGCUGGGAGAAGGGAGUGGUGAACGUCAGCAUUGGAUAGCCCAACGCCUUUUGUUCCGUAGGGUUCGGUGAGAUGUACACUAGCCUCGGCUUCGCCACAAGUGUUAGUGGAUGCAUUUGGUAUUUAUUCUUAGGAGAUAUUUGUUCU